CUUCUGGGCAGGGGCCUGAACAAACCCUAGACACCCUUCUCUUGACGUGUUCUUCAACAAGUAGAGAAUCACGCUCUUUAUGUUCAAACUCUUACCUCCUUAUACUUCGCUCGCUAUAUCUUCCAUCGUCUUCCAUGGAAUAUCCGCUACGUAGGCAUCACUCUACUCAGUAAAGUAAGUCCUCCCUGAACCCACUAGUUCCUUUUUGAAGUCGCGAGUGAACUCAUUCUUGCGUGAGUGAAGUGAAGCUUCAUUUAGCCUCUUCCAACGAUAUUCGACGCGUAUCCUGUAGCCUCUGCAAAAAGAGUUCAGGUUAUUCUUAAGGACUAGUCUGGCAGCAAAAGCUAUAGCCAGAAUGCUGCAUCAGAAGCCCAUUUUGCGAAGCUCUUUCCUUUUGUUACUUUUACAGGUCUUAAUCAAAGUUGCUCUCGUGAGUUCCAAAUCUACUAUCGAGCCUUGCUCAAACUCCGACUCCUGUAAUGCCCUGCUUGGCUACACUGUUUACACUGAUCUAAAGGUCUCUGAGCUGGCUUCCCUCUUUCAAAUCGACCCCAUUGCUCUUCUCACCGCCAAUGCCAUCGACAUUUCGUACCCUGACGUAGAGCACCACAUUCUUCCUUCCCAACUCUUCCUUAAAAUCCCCAUUACCUGUUCGUGCGUUGACGGAAUUCGUAAAUCAGUGUCGACCCAUUACAGAACUCGGCCCUCUGAUACUCUUUCAUCGAUUGCAGACUCUAUAUAUGGUGGUCUGGUGUCUGCUGACCAGCUUAGGGAGGCGAACUCCAUAACCGACCCUUCAGUACUGGAUGUGGGUCAGAGCCUUGUGGUGCCUCUUCCAUGCACUUGCUUCAAUGGGACCGAUAACUCUUUGCCUGCAAUUUACCUGUCGUACGUGGUGCAGCCCAUCGACACUUUGGCUGCGAUUGCUGCACGGUAUUCCACCACUCUUACUGAUUUGAUGGAUGUUAACGCCUUGGGGAGCACGGCUAUCAGCGACGGCGAUAUUCUUGCUAUUCCUAUCCCAGCCUGCGCAUCAAAUUUUCCAAAUUAUUCCGCUGAUUAUGGUUUGCUUGUCCCCAAUGGAAGUUAUGCGAUUACAGCGAGCCACUGUAUGCAGUGUAGCUGUGGACCACAAAAUCUGAAUUUGUACUGUAUGCCUGCUUCUCUGGCCGUUUCUUGUUCUAGCAUGCAAUGUAAAAACAGCAACCUUAUGGUUGGGAAUGUUACAGCACAACAAAGUAGUGCUGGCUGCAAUGUUACUUCUUGUAGUUAUGAUGGUUUUGUAAAUGGCACAAUUAUAACAGCAUUGACCACUUCUCUUCAGCCUCGAUGCCCAGGUUCGCAGAAAUUUCCCCCACUCAUAGCGCCACCUACGACUGUUACCAGGAUUUCAGAAUUUGCACCAUCACCGUCACCUCAGUCAUAUGCAGGUGGUCCAAUGAACCCGAAAUCAUCAGUGGUGCCUUCGACCGGGUCAGUUCCUGGAUUCACCCCUGCUAAUGGGCCAGCCAGUGGCCUGCUGUCUGGUGCUUCUGCUGCAAGCUCCUUGAUGAAUCCUAUUCCCACUUUGACAUCUGCUCUUGUGUUACUGUCUGUCAACUUGUUGAUCUCUGUAGCAUAGUAAUCUCUUCAAUUUUGUGGCAUGGUGGGUUUAGUUUUGCCCAUCAACGUCACUGUGCUGUUAUGUAUUGUAGCUAGAACUGUUCAUUUGUGCCGUUUAACUGAUUCAAGAAUCUGGAAAACCACGAGCUUUUAGAUUUCA